AUUUAAGUGUAAUUAUAUAGUUUCUGUUGCUUUAUCUUAAUAUUAGUGUCAAAAUCGAGGACGUUACAGUGCCUUGCGCGAAUACGUGUAUUGAUUUUUCAAGUAUUGAUUUUCUUGAGCACACUAAUAAAUGGCUAGACAUAAAGUGGCUGCUGUAGAGGUCCAUGCUGAAGAUGACGACUUUAGCCCCGAUGAUUGCUUCGGCAUCAGUGUUGAUCUCAUCGACGAACGAUUAUACUUAGGUAACUUGGCCUGUGCAAGAGACUACAAAUAUCUGGAGCAGCUACAGGUCACACACAUCCUCACAAUAGAUGUGGUGCCACUUCCUCGGUCUAUACUAGGGAGAGCCAACCUUGUAUUCCAUUAUGUUAAAAUGGCUGAUGUACCAAAGGAGGAUCUAAUAAGUCACCUGCCUGAGACAAACAACUUCAUCAAACAAGCCAUUGCAGAUGGAGGAAUAGUUCUUGUACACUGUCAUUUUGGAGUGUCACGAUCAGCCGCCGUAGUAAUUGGCUACAUCAUGGAAAAGUAUGGAUUAUGUUAUGAAGAUGCAUUUUCCUUAGUGAAGAGUAAAAGACGCUUUGUGGGCCCGAACGUAGGGUUUGUAGCCCAACUGAAACUAUUUGGACAUAUGGGUUAUACAAUCAACAGAGAUGAUCCACGCUUUAAACAGUUUCGGUUGAAGUUAGCUGGACAGAAAUUAAAGGAAGGAGGCUUUCCAAGUCCUCCAAAGCCCCCUCCAAGUCGGUCUUCAGAGAAAACUGAUGUGAAGAUCUUGCCCCAGUUGUUUGCGGACCUAGUGAAGCCGGACCCAGGAUUAGUGAGGGAGCGACCAGACCCCAUUGUGUACCGCUGCAAGAAAUGCAGGCGUAUUGUUGCCAACCAGAGCAAUAUCAUACCUCAUAUACCUAAACCUGUUAAGGUGGAAUUGGCUAAGAAAGGUAUUCGUCCGCCACCAAGCAAGUUAACAGGCCUGACGUGUGCGGAGAACGGAGAGAUUCUGUUGGAGAAGCUGAAGACCCUGGCGUCACAGAUCAUGGAUAUGCGGUGUGAGGAACGAUACGAGGACAGCAGUCCAGGGCAGAGUCAGAGCCAGAGUCAGAGUCAGCCCAGUGAUAGUGAGGAGGGAACCAGUCAGGAUCACGACCCUCGGCAAGCGUUAGACGGGUACAACGAGAUGAACAUGGUGGACUCGAACAUAGCGGCGCGCGCGGACCUGCCCGAGAUCUGUCGCCUCAUGUGGUUCGUGGAGCCCAUGGCUUGGAUGCGUGACGUCACUCACGCCACGCAGGGCAAGCUGCACUGCCCCAAGUGUCUCAAUAAGAUUGGUUCCUUCAGCUGGAUUAUGGGUUGCAAGUGUCCGUGUGGCCAGAAGGUGGCGCCGGCGUUCUACCUCGUGCCUUCCAAAGUGGAGUGGUCCAACAUCGUGCAGAAUGUACAGAUCACUGUUUGAAACCCGAUAGUAUACACUACAUACAGGAAUAUUAUGAUCAGAAUCAUGGAACAAAUCGAGUGAAAUUCAAAUGAAAAGAGGAAAAUAAUUUAAUGGCUUUAAUUAACAUCAACUUUGUCAUUAUCAAGAG